AUGGUCGUCUUUUCCCUUUUGAUCAUUAAUAAAGCUGGUGGUCUUGUCUACAACCGCACAUUCGCACCAGGACUUCAAAAGCUGGAUUCGAACGAUUAUCUCAUCCUAGCCGGCACAUUCCAUGGCAUCCACGCAAUAUCGAGAAGCAUCAACCCGGUUCCUCCAGCUCCGCUACCACCAGGCAAUCGGAAAGCUCCCACCACAGGCAUUGAAAGUCUUGAGAGCAGUCAUUUCAGACUGACCUGCUUCCAAACGCCAACUGGAGUGAAGUUCCUGCUCUUCACUAGUCCGGAGCAGCCCAAUACGGAGCUAGUAGUGCGAAGGUGCUAUGAAAUCUAUGGAGAUUUUGUCAUGAAGAAUCCGUUCUACAACCUGGAGAUGCCUAUUCGCGUGGAGAAGUUCGAUCGAGCACUGGGUGCAUAUCUAGUGAGACCAUCAUGA